AUGAAUGUACAGAAUCAAAAUCUUACGAAUGUGAAAGUUAACACUAUUACUCCUGAAACAUAUACAUUAUCAAUACCUGAAAUUCUCGAAAACAUCUUUAUUCCAAUUUUUUAUGAAGAGGGAGAUGUAGGAGUAAAG